GGUGUCCCAGGGCUGAGCGUGGCUCUCGCGCCCCCCCCCCCCCGACCUGCCCUGCCCGAAGCCCGCAGCAGCAGGGGAGGGAGGUCCCGAGGGCAGCUCCUCCCCGGGGACUUCGACGGCCCCCCGGCGGCCGGGCCAGAGGAAGAGCAGGCGAGGGCCGCCCCCCAGCCGCUGACACCCCCGCAGCCGGGAGCCCCUGCUGGGACGGCGGCGGCGGCGGCGGCGGCGCGAGGGGGACGGCAGCCAUGCGCUCCAGGCUGGCCGCGGCGGAGGGCGCCCGGGGUGCGGCGGCGGCGGCGGCGCUGUGCGUCUGGCGGGGGACAGCGGCCGGGCCAGAAUCUGUCUAUGACCUUCUCCCAAAGGAGUUGCAGCUACCACCCUCCAGAGAACUUUCAGUAGCAUCCAUGAGUCAGACAAGUGGUGGUGAGGCAGGUUCGCCUCCUCCAGGUGUAGUUGCUGCUGAUGCCUCUUCAGCUCCCUCCUCUUCCUCCAUGGGCGGCGCUUGCAGCUCCUUUGCCACCUCUUCCAGCCCCACCAUUUACUCUACCUCAAUCACUGACAGCAAAGCUAUGCAAGUGGAGAGCUGCUCCUCAGCCAUGGGGGUAAGUAACCGAGGGGUAAGUGACAAGCAGUUAACCAAUAACACAGCCCAGCAGCAGCAGCAGCAGCAGCAGCAACCACCACAGUCCACACCGAAGAGGCACACAGUCUUGUACAUCUCGCCACCACCAGAAGACUUGCUGGACAACAGUCGGAUGUCCUGCCAGGAUGAGGGGUGCGGACUGGAGUCUGAGCAGAGCUGCAGCAUGUGGGUGGAGGACUCCCCCUCCAACUUCAGCAACAUGAGCACCAGUUCCUACAACGAUAACACUGAGGUGCCACGUAAAUCACGAAAGAGAAAUCCAAAGCAGAGGCCGGGGAUCAAACGCCGAGACUGUGAAGAGUCGACCAUGGAUAUCUUUGAUGCUGACAGUGCCAAAGCGCCCCACUAUGUCCUUUCUCAGCUCAGCACGGACAGCAAAAGCAACCUGAAAGCUGGAAAUGGGACACCAGAAGCGGCAAAAGCGGCCGGAGGGAAGAAGAGCCCUAUGCUCUGUGGUCAGUACCCUUCUAAAAGCGAGGGCAAGGAGCUGAAGAUCCUCGUGCAGCCAGAGACCCAACACCGAGCUCGCUACCUGACCGAGGGCAGCCGAGGCUCAGUGAAAGACCGCACACAGCAAGGGUUCCCCACUAUCAAGCUGGAAGGGCAUAAUGAGGCUGUGACCCUGCAGGUGUUUGUAGGGAAUGACUCUGGCCGGGUGAAGCCUCAUGGAUUCUAUCAGGCCUGCCGAGUAACAGGUCGAAACACCACACCUUGCAAGGAAGUGGACAUCGAGGGCACCACUGUCAUUGAAGUGGGCCUGGAUCCAAACAACAACAUGACCCUGGCGGUCGACUGCGUGGGAAUCCUGAAGCUGAGGAAUGCCGACGUGGAAGCGCGGAUAGGCCUCGCAGGCUCCAAGAAGAAGAGCACUCGGGCCAGGCUGGUGUUCCGGCUCAGCAUCCCUCGGAAAGAUGGCUCCACUCUGACCCUGCAGACGCCGUCCUCCCCAAUUCUGUGCACUCAACCAGCAGGUGUGCCAGAGAUCCUAAAGAAAAGCCUGCAUACCUGUUGCGUGAAGGGGGAAGAGGAAGUCUUCCUGAUUGGCAAGAACUUUCUGAAGGGAACAAAAGUGAUCUUCCAGGAGAACGUAUCUGAUGAAAACUCUUGGAAAGCAGAAGCAGAGAUUGACAUGGAGCUCUUCCAUCAGAAUCACGUAAUAGUGAAGGUGCCACCAUAUCAUGACCAGCAAAUAACUGCACCUGUUUCUGUGGGGAUCUAUGUGGUGACCAAUGCGGGGAGAUCGCAUGACAUACAGCCAUUUACGUACACUCCAGACACAGGUGGUGCUCUGAACGUUAAUGUGAAGCAGGAGAUGGCCACCCCGGUGCAGCCCUGCUCUUUUGAUGAAGCUGCCAAAGUGAAUACCAGUGGCUGUAACUUGGAGACGGUGAACAUUCUUCCCAGUGCCUUGAUAACUCCACUCAGGCCAAGCAGCAUCAUCAAGAGUGAGGAAGCUGCUCCAAUGGAACUUGCAGCUGAGAAACAGGCUCCUCCAGUCUUUAAGGUACCAGUGGGACUGUCUCUGAAGGAUGCCUCUGCCUUCUCAUGUUUUCAUUGGGUACAAUACCAACAAGUGCAUGUGAAACAAAUGCCAGCUGGCAAAACAAGAUAUAAGACAGCCUGAAGUGUGGCCUGCUAA